AUCGUUUUUCGUUUGUGUCGGGUUCGGGAUGUUUAUCGCCGGUCAGUUAACUUGCAAGUUCAAUAUUCUCGGUUGUUUCGCGUAGAAAGCUACCAUAGUAGUUCAAUAGAAUCUAUACUGUUCGCUUGAUUGUAGCUAUAGCCGUUUCUGUGCCGUGCCGGUUGUGCUCAGUGUGUUUUUGUAGGGACGCGAUGGAAGCGAAAAAGAUUAGUUUUGGCUUCAGCAAGAUCAACAAAAAGGUGAACUUGCUGCCAGCCGGUCCGUCGGUGAUUGGUGGUAACGCAAAGCAGCGGAACGAUGGGGAGAAGAUUGAGUUGAUUUCCUGCCUCGAGGGACAGUCGAUUAAGAUUGUUGGGAAGGAAAACGGAGACGACGAACCUUCCCCAUUGGUGAUCCCUCUGAGGGAACAGGAUAAAACUACCAUCCCGGACCGCUUAGCAAAAUUGCAGGACAUAAUAGAAGGUAGAGAUACAGAGGAAAACAAUUCUAAGAAGGACGAGGAAGCGUCCGAAGGUCCGGUCGACGGAGAAACCCUCGAACAAAGAGCAGCUCGUGAAAUCCUGGAGGAUUUGAAGGAACAUAAGUCCCGAGGCAACGAUAAAAACAGUAUGGUUGUUCCGUUGAAGCCGGAAGAUUUGCCCUUGGAUGGGGGGCGUGAGUCCACGAUAGACGAUUACGAGUCCGUGCCGAUCGAAAAGUUCGGUCUGGCAAUGCUGCGGGGGAUGGGUUGGAAGGAGGAUCCCAAUGCUCCCAAGAAGGAUGAUAAACUCCCGGAAGGUCCGGUUCAGCGACCUAAAGGGAUGGGACUGGGUGCAGAGCGUGUGUCGAAGGACAAGAACCGACAGUUGAUUCCCCCAGCCAAGGAUGAAGUGCUAACGAUGAAGAAAGGAGCGUUCAUAAAAGUUCUGACAGGAAAACACAAGGAAUCGUACGGCACGGUCGAAAGCUUGGACGAGGAAAAUGCACGUGUCGUGGUUCGCUUCUCAAUCGGCGGCAAUCAGGAGUCCCUCAAUGAGUACCUUCUCCAGUUGGUGUCGAACGCUGAGUAUAAGAAAUACUCGAAAGUUUUGAAUAAUGCCAAAUACGAGGAGUUCAAAAAUCGCACCACCAGCGGUGGUACUGCGGUGGCAAUCAAAGAGGAAAAACCAGACGUCCGUAAGACCAUCAAACGAGAACCGUCCGAUUCACCUCCGGCAGCUCGGCCUACCUCGUCGUCGAAACCGCAAUCUUCGCGAUCGAAUCACGAUUACGCUCAACAGCGCGAUCGUCGGGAGCGCUCUCCGGUUACACGCGUCGAGGAACACAAGCGCAGAGAUCGUGAGGAUCGUCUGGAGGAGGAACAUCGCCAUCGUCGUCCCCGCGAGCGACGAAGUCGGUCACGGGAAGAUCGUCGGCACGAUCGACGCCGUGGUGCUACCAGCAGUAGCGAUGACGACUCGGAUUCAAACGAAUCUGAUGAACGCGAUCGCGGUCGGCAGCAGCAACAGCAUCGUCAGAAAACCUCCUCGUCGUCAUCGUACGCGAGGACGUCCUCCGGAACGAAAAAGAAAUCCCACAAAUACAAACAGCGGCGGGAUCAUUCGCGGGAGCGGGUUCACUCGUCCGACGAGGACGAUCGACACCACAAGAAGAAGACGAAGAAAAGCAAGAAACAACGCAGCCGAUCGCGAAGUCGGCGGUAGAUGUGGUGGGGUGGCUUAGUGAAUAGUGUAAUAAAUUGAAUCCGAUGCUCAGAAUAAGCAAA